AUGGGCACAGCUCUGGUCCUUAGCAUGCAACAAGGAGCGGCGACCACGGUGUACUGCGCGGUGGCCCCGGAGCUGGAGGGCCUGGGCGGUAUGUACUUCAACAACUGCUUCCGCUGCCUGCCCUCUCUGCAGGCCCAGGACGAGGGGAGCGCGGUGAGCCUGUGGGAGCUGAGCGAGCGGCUGGCGUCGGAGCGGUCCGGAGGGGUCCAGGCUCUAUGA